AUGGACGAAGUUCUAGCUAUUAUGUUCACAGGCCCCAAUAAACCAACAAAAGAUGAUUUCAAAUGCGCGCCGGUUUUGGUACGGCGAAACAAAGUGAUACAAGCUUUAGAAUGGUUAAAAUUAAAUCAUAGUGAUUAUUAUGAUAUUGAAAUAUCACAGGACAAUAUGAAUGAAUAUCCAGAAGACAUGCCAUUCGUAGGAGUGGAGUAUAAGCCGUCACAUACAAACAAGACUCCCGAAGGAAUAAGUGUUCAUGACAAUGAUGAGGAAGACGGUGUUGAAGAUGGUGACUGUCCUUUUGUGGUCCAUGGUUUGACAGGCAAGAAAUUGGAAUUGAUGAUGACAUCUGAAUUAAAGGGUAUAGGAAUGAUGUAUUUGAACAACAACGGGAAAAUACUGGCCGUAGGACAAGAAGAUAUGCCGGAAUCAAUAUGGAACAAUGUUCAACUGUAUCCCAAAAUGUUU